AUGGGACCCAUCAUGUCUCCAGGAGAAAUGGGCACAGGCCACACAGUUCUGGGAUGCCAGACUGCUGAUAAGACAGUCAUCACUUUAUUUGUCAUUUUAGUCCUGUUGUCCCUGGUGGCAGUGGUGGGCAACGGGUGCAUCGUUAUAGCACUGGGCUCGAAAUGGGUGCUCCGGAGAACACUGUCUGCUUAUAAUAAGCUACUGAUCAGUCUAGCAGCCGGGCGCUUCUGUCUGCAGUGGGUGGUGAUAGGUAAGAAUAUUUACGUUUUCCUGAACCCCACAGUCUUCCCGUACAACUCUGCAAUGCAGCUCCUAAACUUGAUGUGGGACCUCCUGACUGCUGCCACCAUCUGGUUCUGCUCCCUGCUAGGUGUCUUCUAUUGUGUGAAAAUUGCAACCCUAACCCACCCCGUCUUUGUCUGGCUAAAGUACAGGGUGCCCGGGUGGGUACCAUGCAUGUUGCUCAGUGCAGUGGGGAUGUCAAGCUUAACAAGCAUCCUGUGUUUCCUAGGCAAUUAUCUGAUAUAUAACAGCUUUGUAAAGAGCACCCAGCAACCUUGGAAUGUCACUGGGAAUAGCUUAAAAAAUACCCUUGAGAAAUUCUACUUCUUUUCUAUAAAGAUGAUUAUGUGGACAAUCCCUACUUUCAUCUUUAGCAUUUUCAUGAUUUUGCUCCUCGUGUCUUUGCUAAGACACAUGAAGAAGACCCUCUCGGCCUCCUCAGGACUUCAGGAUGUCAGAGCACAGGCCCAUGUGAAAGCUCUCCUCACCCUCCUCUCCUUCGUCAUCCUUUUCACCUCCUGUUUCCUGUCCCUGGUGCUGAGUUCUGCCAGCGACACGCCGUUUCAGGAGUUCAGGUACUGGAUGUGGCAGGUGGUGAUUCACCUGUGCACAGGGAUACACCCCAUCGUUAUACUCCUCAGCAAUCCUGGGCUGAGCGUGGUGGUGAAGAGCUGCUUCUGCUGA